AUGGUUGGCUUAGCAUUCUGUCGGCCAGCCGCCGGCGAAGCGAACGAUUAUAUAAAGUUGGUGCAGUUUGCCAAUCUAGCGUCUGUGGGGUAUUGCGUGACAAAGGGGUUGUCCCCAGGUCGACUAGGCGAUCCCGCGACCAACUGCACGUUGAAGGCGUGCAAAAACUCGAUGUUGAAGGAUGUUGAAAUCAUUAGAAUCUUUGACUUUAACACGAUGAACGAAGUGGGGACUGGAUUCUACGCCGUGGACAGGAAACGCAAGUCCAUCAUCUUGGUGUUUAGGGGAUCAGUAUCGAAUCGUGACUGGGCCACCGACUUGAACUUCAUGCCCAUCAAGUACACUCCUAUUGUUUACGACGACAGCUUUACCGAUAGUCCUGUUUUCAUCCAAAAAAAAUGCAAGGGCUGCCAAGUGCACCGCGGCUUUUACCAGUUUUUGAAAGACAACUCUGGCGCCAUCAUCAGCGCCGGCGUCAAGAUGAAGAAUCAGUUCCCAGACUACACGUUUCUCGUCAUUGGCCACUCGCUAGGCGCUGCGUUCACCGUCAUGUGCGGGAUCGAGUUUAUGUUGCUUGGAUACGACCCGUUGGUUGUGACUUUUGGCGGCCCACGUGUCGGGAACCAAGAAUUCGCCGACUUUGCCGACUCCUUGUUUGAUACAGAGGAAGUUGCAUGCAGAAUCGAAUUGGAGAAGGACUUCACCAGAGGAUUCAUCAGAGUGGUACACCGGCACGACAUUAUACCAUCUCUCCCACCGCUAUACUGCCAUUCGGGGUUUGAGUAUUUUAUCGACAAGAGAGAAUUACCGCAUGAGGAGUGCGACAUAGACAGGCGAGGGAUGGACCAUAGCAAUUUAUUUUGGAAACGAAAUUUCAACAUACAUCUUCGGCCAUCAUCGCUCUGGCCCGAACGAUUGGGGAAGUUUGAGCACACACAUUAUUUCAGGAAAAUUACGAGUUGCAAAGGCUGA